AUGUUCUCGGACAGUCCGAGCUGUACUGUGAUUGGUCCUCAGGCUCCCAGCGGACACUUCAGAGACACGAGGAAACUACAACUACUACAGCAGUGACAGAGAAGCACACACUCGCACACACUUUUCAUCGCAGACAGUCGCUGCGACCACAGCCCACACACUCGGCACACACACUCGCUCACACACAUACUCCCUCUCCUCCUCACACACCAACACACACACUCAGCAGGAGACAGCACAACACGGACCAUGGCUGCCACACUGCUCCGGGAGGAGCCUCGGCUAGGCAGCACCCCGCUGGCCAUGCUGGCCGCCACCUGCAGCAGGAUCGGUGAGGCCGGACCCUCCUGCUCCCCUGCUCUCUCCGACGGAGCCACGGGACUCGCAAAGGGCUUCCACUCGUGGAGAGGCGGCGCCCCGGGCAUGUGCCUCACGUCGCUCGGGGUUCCCUCCGGGACCCCCAGGAGCAGCGGGCCCGGACUGACGGAGACCUCCAGCGCUUUUUCGGUGACCACUGCCAACUCUCCUUUUGGAAACGAGUUUUCGAUGUACCAGCCCACUGUGCCGUCAGACAGCAAUAUACACGACCCCACUCAUGCGCAGCGGUCCAUGUUCCUCACCAAGUUCCCCUCCUCGGUGGAAGGCAUUACCGGGAUAUAUCCGAGGAUGCACGCACACCCCUAUGAGUCCUGGUUCAAACCGGUGGGAGAGGUCGGUACCGGGUCAUCUGCUUGGUGGGAUAUGGGCACCGGCUGGGUUGACGCACAGCCCCCUGCCCGGUUGCCCUCCCCUCUGAGCGGCUACAGCACUGACUACAGCUUCAGCCCCGGCGCUCCUCAGCACCUGAUCCCCACCACACAGCACCUGUUUGACGGAUUCAGGCCUCCGGUUCACGGUCCAUACACCGAGUCCACGACCACGGGGGCGUUAACAGGAUCACCUGUCGUCUCUCUGCCCGCGUCCUCCCGCUCCUCCUCACGACGCUACUCCGGCAGAGCCACGUGUGACUGCCCGAACUGUCAGGAGGCGGACGGCCUGGGUCAGGGGGGCUCGAGCCCGCGGCGGAGGGCCCUGCACAACUGUCACAUCCCCGGCUGCGGCAAAGUCUACGGCAAGACGUCCCACCUGAAGGCCCACCUGCGCUGGCACACCGGGGAGAGGCCGUUCGUCUGCAACUGGCUCUUCUGCGGGAAACGCUUCACACGCUCCGACGAGCUCCAGCGGCACCUGCGCACGCACACCGGGGAGAAGAGGUUCGAGUGCGCCGUGUGCCGCAAGCGGUUCAUGCGCUCCGACCACCUGAGCAAGCACGUCAGGACGCACGGCGCGGACGGCUCGGAUGACGGCGGCGACGCGGGACUCGGGAAAGCGAGCAGCGACACGGACACCAGCCGGUCCGGCAGCCCGAGCCGGUCCCCCGGGGAGGCACAGAGGGCGGGGGAAUAA